UAGCUCGAGCCUGAGUCCUGCAUUACAUCACUGGCGGCCAGCUCCCGCUGGGGUGGGAAGAGGAAGCGUCAAGGGGCGAUUCCUAGACUGAUUGGGAUAAAGAAGGAAGAAGAAAAAGCAGAAGCAGGUUGGCGAAACUGGGGAGGGUGUGCCAGAGCGGAAAAUAGGUAGCCCCCAUCCCCUGUGCCACUGGAGAUCUUGCUCCUCCCGCACUCCACAGCUCCCCAAACAAAACCCAAACAACCUCUAACAACCCGAGUGAGAGAUGCAUUAAGAAGGAGGGGUCACGAAAGGAAAGGGGGUACGGCGAAAAGGUACAGAUCUCCUCCUCUUCCCCCCCCCCCAUCUCAGCAGUGCAUCCACAGAGAGGCGACAGCAGUCAAAGGGAGAGUUUUUUUUUUUUUUUUUAAGGGGGGGGGGGGAGGUUAGAAUCUUUUCUGUACCAGGAGGUACAUCAGCCGGCGGUGCUGGAGAAACCAAGAGAAGGGGGAGGAAGGAUCUCUCACCUUCCCCCCAGAUGAGAAGAUCAUGCUAUGGCAGAAUUGGCGACGACGACGGCCAGCAGCAGCAGCAGCAGAGGCGGCAAUGGGAGGCACGGGAGCGGCAGCAGCAGCAGCAGUAGCAGCAGUAGUAGCAAUAGCAGCAACAAUCCUGCAGCAGGGGCGGCGGCGGCGGUAGCGGAGGGAGAGAGAGAUGGAGAAGAAAGAGGAGGAAAAAGAGGGGGACAAGGGACAGCGGCGGCUGUGAACCCCCAGGAUGAGGACUACGAGUGCAAGAUCUGCUACAACUACUUCGACUUGGACCGGCGGGCCCCCAAGCUUCUGGAAUGCCUGCACACCUUCUGCCAGGAGUGCCUGAGCCAGCUGCAAAUCCGCGGGGCUGCCCAGCAGGAGCGCGAGCAGCAGCAGCAGCAGCAGCGGCCACCCCCGGCCCCUCCGCCCUGGCGCCCGGGGCCAGCGGCAGCUGCCGAAGCCGGGGCUGGGCCCGCCAGCCCCGGUCCUAGCUCUUCGGGCCUCGGGGGUAUUGCCUGCCCGGUGUGCCGCCACCGCACGGCCCUGCCAGACAGUCGCGUGCACAGCUUGCCCAACAACACUAAGUUCUCCGAGGCCUUUCCGCUCUACCUGCGCGCUGCGCAGGAUCCGCUCCCCCAGGACAGCCUCCCCCCGCUGCCGCUGCCACUGCCGCUGCCGCUGCCCCCACCCCGGCGCGCCGGGGGCUCCCAACCGCACCACACCGCGCACGGCCCCCCUCACGCCCACCAUCACCAUCACCACCACGCCCAUUCCCACCCGCCCCCACCGCUCGGGCAGCGGGAGGAGCCGGCCGGCGGGGCGGCCGCGGCUCCAGCGUCCGUUCCGGCCCCGGCCCAGGCCCCGGUGCCCCUCGGCCGCGGCGGCCUCGGCUCCUCCGCCGGGCCCGCGGGAGGAGGCGGAUACGAGAGCUGCCAGAACUGCAAGCGGGCAGCGCUGACGGCGGGCUGCGUGUGCGUGGUCUUCUCCUUCCUUUCCAUGGUGGUGCUGCUCUUCACCGGCCUCAUCUUCGUGAACCACUACGGCGGGGGUGGAGGCGGGGGUGGCGUGCCCGGGACAGCCCCUGGCACCACACCAGGAGGCUCGCCGUCGCCGUCGCCCGUGGGGCCCAUCUGCCUCUCGGUGGCCAGCAUCCUGGCCUUGUUCUCUGUCGUGGUCACCUGGGUCAUCUGCUGGCUCAAGUACCGGCCCGAAGGGGCGGCCGGGGGCUCGGCGGCAGCCGCCACUGCUGGGGGCGGGGGCAGCGGUGGAGCUGGGGGGGGAGGAGGAGGAGGAGGAGGAGGAGGAGGAGGAGGAGGCGCUGUCCCCCGGGGCCGGGCUGCGGCCACUGCUGGUAGCCGGAGGAACAACACGUAACUAACCAGCUCGCUUCUUCUACCCCUCGGAAUAGUCCUCUGAGGGUCUGGAAACCCCUCCCCACCCCUCCCAGCCGUCCCCCAAAGGUUCAGAAGAAACCUGGCUUCCCACCUCCUCUUGUCACCUCCUUCACCUUUCCAUCUCUUCUGAAGUAAGUCCACUGUCAGGGUGGGCAGUGCUGGCAUGCAUGCCCCCUCCCCUUCUAUUUACCAUCCUCAGCCCGGCUGGUGUUAUUUACACCACUUCUACUCCGGGUGCCCCUUCCUACCCUACAGUCUUUUUGAAUGGGAACUUGAUAGAGAAUGAAGAACAGAAUGACAGAAAUCAAGGAUGCUUUGGGGAAAUUCGCCCUUAGACUGUGUAAAAAGGAACUCAGGCGUACAAGCGUUCACUGUCACCUAAACACACACACACACACACACACACACACACACACACACACACACACGUGCACGCACCAAGUCCUUCCUCACUUCCUCUCCGGUAUCAGAGGAGUUAGAAAGUGGGAAGGGAAGUGACGCCCUUCGGGGCCAUUUUUUCCAGCUUCUGUAACUUUAUGGAUGGAUGGGCGGGCAAGAGUGAUAGUGCUUACAAUGGAAGAAAUGGAGGACGUGAGUGAGGAUAAAGGCCAGGGGGAAAAACCAAAAGGUGAGGGUUAGACCUCUCAGCUCCUGGUCCUACUGGAAUGUGAGCGUGUACGCAGAAUAUAUGAUUCGUAAAGCCCUGGGAUGUGAGAAAUGAGAUUUUAGCUGAGCCAGGUAAUCUUCUGGGGCUCGGACCAGGCGCAGUAAUUGGGUAGGUGGGCAGUGCGCGCGCGCACCUAGGAUGGUCUAAAAAAGGAAACCUAUGCACCUAGUGGCCACUCAGAGCAAACUACGUUUCUCCACUGGUAACUCAGUCUCUUCUGGAGAGUAGUGUAGUGCUGAAGUCCACGACUACACGGGUAAUUAGUGUUGAUGUUACUUAUGUGGGCACAAUUAGUUCAGCUACGGUAAGUGGACUUAAGAAGCCUAAAAGUACUCGUUACACUGGAACACAGCAACUUACUUUUGCUCCAACCUGGAAGAUAAUCAGACAUAAAAACAGAGUGUGAUUAGUGUUCCAUACAAUCCCCAUUCACUUUUCCUAUUUAAAAUUUUAAACAAUUGUCUUAAAGAUAUUAAUAGAAAAAUUGCUUUGUGUACUAAGUUUCUCAAAAGUGGAUGAAUAAGUAAUGAGAUUCCUCUUAAUUUCCCAUAGUCUUAAAUUAACCAAAUCAAUAUUUGGGGGGCAAAAAAAGAGACAGAAAUUUAGUCAAUUGGGAAAUAGACUACCAGAUCAUAAUAAUUGAUUCAAAUAUUUAAUAAAAGUAGAAACUUGCACAGUACCAAUAUUCAAAUGGUACUAUUUUCCAUUGUUAUGACAAUUUUCCCUCUUAAUUAUCAAGAGUCUGGUUUAUAAAUUUCUCAGCAAGAACAGUAUUUAGAACAUUAUUUUGGGUUUGAUUUUUGGAUAGUUUUGAUGUAAUUAAGGAUAAACUUCAUAUAUAGAGAGAAUAAGAGGGCAAAAAGGUUUGCAAGUAUUCCUGAUUUUAUGACAACUUACUAAGAUUAAUUCCUAGUGUAUAGGGGGAGGGAGCAGCUGAGGUACUUUGAAACCUGAAAAAAGAAAAAGAAACAAAAAUGAAGAAACAAUUACUCAUUAUAAUACAUUAUGUAGGAAAAGAUUAUUCCGUGUUUCAGUAUUUUGGAAUGAGAUGGGUUUUAAUGCUUAACAAUCAGAAGCUACAGAUGGUAGUAUGUUAUUCUUUAUGUAUUUAUGCAAGCCCUGUCUGCAUGAUAUCCUGACCAGUAUUCUAUUAACAGACUUUUGAACAUUGACAUUUAUCAUAAGGAUGCAAUAAUAUAAUGACAAUGUAAAAGGGACAGGACAGCAAUUGAAGACAGAAUACAAAUGUAUUUAAUGACAGGAUGUGUGCAUUGUCCAGAUAAUCAACACCCUAUAAACUAUAUUUAUACAAAGAUUCAUUUUAAUGAAACCUAUUUGUUGGAAAUGUUGCUCAAAGCUCUUUGUAUGGGACUUAUGUAUCCCCCAAAGUCCACAACCAUUUUCUAAUCUAGUAUGUCAUAUGUUAUCAAAAAGGAAAAUGUUAUCAUGGACAUUUCAUAGAAUUUCCUUCUAAUUCUUAGGAAGAAAAUUGAAAAACAGUUUGGUUCUAAUUCUUAGAUUGAAGUACAGCUUACUCAUUUACCAUCCUUAAAUUCAGUAUCUUAAAUACAAUCAUGUGAGGUCUGUUUAUCCCUAGUACUUUGUUAUUUCUAAAUGCUACUUAGAAGCCUAAAUUUCAUAGACUUUUUUUUUUUGCAUUGUCCAUACCAUAAAAUGAUGUGAGAACACCUCUGUAUUUAUUUACAUUUUGUUCUUUUAUUUAUUUAUACAUGUACCAUUAUUGCUCAGAUUUUGGGUGCAUUUAUAUCUGUUUAUUUAUUCAUUUCGUCUAUACCUAAAUUUACUUUUAUGUAUUCUAUGCAUAUGUGAAAACAUAUGUGUAUGUAAACACACUGGAAAAGUUUACACUAGUUAUCCCACUUUUUUAAACUAACAACCUGGAGGUUUAUCAAAAG